CUUCUCACACUGUCCCGGAAACCUCUCCAAUUCGGCAAUUCUCCCAAAACCCAGCUGACACGAUCUCUCUUUCUUCCCGCCCAACAAUGUCGAAGCAGACUUACAGGGUCUGCUUCUGCUUCCGCCGGAGGUUCAAGCUCGCCGUCGCCGAGGCCCCGGAAGAGAUCAAAGGCUUCUUCGACCGCUACUCCGAGAAUGGGCUCAUGUCGGCCGAUCACCUCCGCCGCUUCCUGAUCGAGGUCCAGAAGCAGGAGAAUGCAACCCUCGAGGACGCUCAAGCUGCCAUCAACAGUCUUCACGAGCUCAAGCAUUUGAACAUCUUGCACCACCACAAGGGCCAGAGUCUCAACCUCGAGACCUUCUUCAAGUACCUCUUCGGCGACAUUAACCCUCCUGUUGACCUCCAGUGCGGGGUGCAUCAUGAUAUGAGUGCUCCUCUUUCGCAUUAUUUCAUUUACACGGGACACAAUUCGUAUCUAACUGGGAACCAACUUAGUAGUGACUGCAGCGACGUCCCAAUCAUACAUGCCCUGCAGAGAGGUGUGAGGGUUAUUGAAUUGGAUAUAUGGCCGAACUCCAACAAGGAUGGCAUUGAAGUUCUUCAUGGAAGGACUCUGACAACUCCUGUGGAACUUAUAAAAUGUUUGAGGUCUAUUAAAGAACAUGCCUUUACCGCAUCGGAUUAUCCUGUAGUCAUAACUCUAGAAGACCACCUCACUCCAGAUCUGCAGGCUAAAGUCGCGGAGAUGGUCACGAGUACAUUUGGAGACAUUCUGUUCUGUCCUAAUUCAGAUUGCUUAAAAGAAUUCCCCUCCCCAGAAUCAUUGAAGAAACGGAUUAUUAUAUCAACCAAACCACCAAAAGAGUAUAUGUCAGCUGCCGUUCCCAAAGAUGCCCAGGAAGGUGAUUCACUAAACGGGAAAACUGCAAGUGAUGAAGAAGCGUGGGGGAAAGAAGUGCCACAUCUUAAAGGCCCUGCUUCAGGCAAUGACAAGGAAGAACCUGAGGAAGAUGAAGAUGACGAGGAAGAUCCUGAUGAAGGACUGAACAGAUCACAGAAGUCUCUUGCACCAGAAUAUAGACGUUUAAUUGCUAUCCAUGCUGGGAAGCCUAAAGGGGGUAUGAGUGAGUGUCUUAAAGUAGAUCCCGAGAAAGUGAGGCGUCUUAGCUUAAGUGAGCAGCAGCUAGAAAAACUUGCAGAGACUCGGGGUACUGAUAUUGUCAGAUUUACCCAGAGAAACAUCUUGAGGGUGUACCCGAAGGGCACUCGUAUUACUUCAUCCAACUACAACCCCCUUAUCGGUUGGAUGCAUGGAGCUCAAAUGGUUGCUUUUAACAUGCAGGGAUUUGGUAGAUCUCUGUGGUUGAUGCAUGGAAUGUUCAAGUCCAAUGGAGGGUGCGGUUAUGUUAAGAAACCAGAUUUUCUACUGAAGUCAGGUCCUAACAAUGAAGUGUUUGACCCUAGAGCCAAGUUACCUGUGAAGAAAACUCUUAAGGUGAGGAUAUACAUGGGAGAAGGAUGGUAUUACGAUUUCCGCCACACACAUUUUGAUCAGUAUUCCCCACCAGAUUUCUACACCAGGGUGGGGAUCGCCGGAGUCCCAGCAGAUGUAGUGAUGAAGAAAACAAAGACAUUAGAGGACAACUGGAUACCGGUUUGGAACGAAGAGUUCGAGUUCCAGUUAACUGUUCCAGAACUAGCCUUGCUGAGGCUGGAAGUCCACGAGUACGACAUGUCGGAAAAGGAUGAUUUCGGAGGCCAAACUUGUCUCCCUGUGUCCGAAAUACGAAGUGGAAUCCGGGCUGUUCCGCUCCAUGAUCGAGAGGGCAAGAAAUACAACAAUGUCAAGCUACUGGUGCACUUUGAUUUUGUGUGA